UAAGGACUACAGCGGCAAAUGCGGCGCAGCCUCGUCUGCCCAGACGUCCACUACCCGUUACCCGGGGAUUUCUAUCAAACAACUUUACACUUUGAUUCCGACUAAUACCGUUCCCAUCUUCGGUAAACUCCGUAAAUAUGAGGUGGUUUGUAUCCUGUAACAUGGUGUAGCUCAGCCUUUGGUGAAGCAGCAGCAGCCUACUUACAGGAUGUCGAGUAGCUCUGGCUACCCCCCUAGCCAGGGGAGCUUCAGCAGUGAGCAGAGCCGUUACCCAUCCCAUUCUGUCCAGUACACAUUCAGCGGCACGCGGCACCAACAGGAUUUCACUGUUCCAGAUUAUCGAACUCAUACGCAAGAUCCGCAGGGUCGAAGAAGACCAUCUUUACUGUCUGAAUUCCACCCUGGUACUGAAAGGCCUCCGGAGAGACGCCAUGGGUAUGAGCAGCAGUACCACUCCAUCACUUCUCAGGCUGAACACGAGGCACUGGAAACGAAGCGCCCACGCAUGGAGUCAAUUGCUGAGGCCCACAUGACCCGUAGCUCUUCUUCUGCUGGGGGUAUUCUCUUGCCCAUGCACCAUACUCUACAGGAUAGUCUCAGAGCCACUGUGGAGGUCAAAAAGGAGUCGCCUUUCACUGUGAAAGUGGAAUGCCCUUCCCCAGGAGGACCUACGCUACACCUCGGGGAAGAGCAUGACACGUCUCCAUCCAAGCUAUCCAAGGAGGAGCUUAUUCAAAGUAUGGACCGUGUGGACAGAGAGAUUGCUAAAGUGGAGCAGCAGAUUUUCAAGCUGAAGAAAAAGCAACAACAAUUGGAGGAGGAAGCAGCAAAGCCAGUAGAGCCAGAAAAGCCAGUGACCCCUCCCCCUGUGGAGCACAAGCACCGCAGCAUAGUCCAAAUAAUCUAUGAUGAGAACAGGAAAAAAGCUGAAGAGGCCCAUAAAAUACUGGAAGGACUUGGUCCCAAGGUUGAGCUGCCCCUCUACAAUCAACCAUCAGACACAAAAGUUUACCAUGACAACAUUAAAACCAAUCAAGUCAUGAGGAAGAAGCUGAUUCUGUUUUUUAAGAGGCGGAACCAUGCUCGUAAACAGAGGGAACAGAAGAUCUGCCAACGCUAUGACCAGCUGAUGGAAGCUUGGGAGAAAAAGGUGGAGCGCAUGGAGAACAACCCCAGGCGAAAAGCCAAGGAGAGCAGAACACGGGAAUACUAUGAAAGGCAAUUCCCUGAGAUUCGCAAGCAGAGAGAGCAGCAGGAGCGCUUCCAAAGGGUUGGCCAAAGAGGAACAGGUCUCUCUGCAACAAUUGCUAGAAGCGAGCAUGAGAUUUCUGAAAUCAUUGAUGGUCUUUCUGAGCAGGAGAAUAACGAAAAACAGAUGAGACAGCUGUCAGUCAUCCCUCCCAUGAUGUACGACUCGGAGCAGAGGCGAGUGAAAUUCAUCAACAUGAAUGGCCUGAUGGAUGACCCAAUGAAGGUGUACAAAGCCCGACAAUUCAUGAACGUUUGGACAGAACAUGAAAAAGAGAUCUUUAAAGACAAGUUUGUCCAGCACCCAAAGAAUUUUGGCCUGAUCGCCUCCUAUCUCGACAGAAAGUGUGUUGCUGACUGUGUCCUGUACUACUACCUGACUAAAAAGAACCACAACUACAAGACGCUGGUGAGACGCAACUACGGUAGACGGAGGGGAAGGAACCAGCAAAUAACACGCCCCACACAAGAAGAAAAGUCUGAAGAUAAGAACGAAGAGGACAAAUCUGAGAAGUCAGAGAAAAAAGAAGACGAGGAAAAAAAGGAGGAGGAAGAGAAAGAUGAAAAGGAGGAGUCCAGGGACAUUGGCAAGGACAAAGACAAGUGUGACGCUGGGGAGGACGAGGACGGAAAGGAGCAAAACACGCCGCGUGGCAGGAAGACUGCCAACAGCCAGGGCCGACGUAAGGGAAGGAUCACCACACGCUCCAUGGCUAAUGAAGCUGCCACUGUGGCGGCAGAGGAAGCACCUCCCACUACUUCAGAGGCUGCUGUGCCAGAUCCUCCACAUCUCACUAAAUCUGAUCCAGCUCAGAAGUCCAUAAAGGAACCUACGAAACCGCCUACUCCAGUAGCUUCACUAGAUGCUAAAGCUGGUGCCGGUGAAUCUGGAGAAACUUCUCGCUGGACCGAGGAGGAGAUGGAGAUUGCCAAAAAAGGUUUAGUUGAGCAUGGGCGAAACUGGACCGCUAUCGCCAAAAUGGUAGGCACCAAAAGUGAGGCACAGUGUAAAAACUUUUAUUUCAAUUACAAGAGACGUCACAAUUUGGACAACCUGCUACAACAGCAUAAGCAGGACACACGGCGGGCUCGUGCCGAUAGGUCUCAAGGUGAAGGUUUAACCACAACUUCACCAGAUGACGAUGACGACAAUGCAGAUGACAGUGAAGGAGGAGACAAUAGCUCUGAUACAGAGAGCGCUCCUUCCCCCUCUCAAAGUGACCCCACCAAGUCUGGUGACUCCAAGAGACCAGAUAGCGCUGCUGGUAAUGCUCCGUGCUCUGAUCAGGACAUGCUACAGGCUAGCAAUGCAAAACCCACGGACCCCUCCUAUGGGGGCCUGCAUGUCAAGGAAGAGAAAAGCCCAGAGGGUGAGGCUACCUCUCAUGAGGAAAAGAGCAGGCUGGCUUCCUACUCAGGUGUGGUCCAUCCAAAAACUGAACCUCAAGAUGUGGACAUGACGUCCGGAGAGAUUCAGGUUAAAAUGGAGCCGGAGAUCAAGGAGAAAGGCGACAAAGGAGAACAUGGUGAGAGGCAGAAGGAGCUUCACUCUGAUAAUGACUCCAGCGCCACCUGCAGUGCUGAUGAAGAUGUAGAAGCAGAGCCUGAAAGACAGAGAAUACUUUCUAUGGAGAAGCCAUCUUUGCUCAGCCCUGCAGGGACGGUCCUGGUGUCUUCACCCAAGCAAAAUCCUCACAACAUCCAGCAGAUGCAUCAGCGUGCAGCUGCCAUCCCACCAAUGGUACCUGGUCCUUAUGGCCCCGCACCCAUGCCCAUCAGUGGCUUUGCGAUGUUGCAACACCAGAUCAAAGCAGUGCAUGCAUCUGCACACCAGGAGGAGAAGCAGAGACAAGACCAGGGUGACCUAGAGCGCAGACCGCCCUUCAACACACGCAGCCCAAGUUUACUUGACAGAGAUGGUAAGCCCCUACCCUACAUGCCUUAUGACAUGAUGUUGGCUCUGGACCAGGAGGCGCUCUCUGGUCGGCCAGGCUCUCCUUACAGACUCUCCCCCAGGGAUCUAAGCAAGUCCUCACCCCAGCCUGACCCCAACAUCCCCAAUGCUUUCCGCUACAGUGUGCCGCCAGUCCUCCACCCAGCUCCCAACCAGCUGAUCCAGAGUCUGCCAGAUGGAGGCCGAAUGGCUUUCAGCAGACCCAGUCGACCUCCCAACAUUCCCUCUCCUCCUCCUCUCAUUCCAACCACCAAACCCACUGACAAGCCAUCCUUCAUUCAUGGGGGCUCAAUAUCUCAGGGAACCCCAGGCACAUACCUACCUUCACACGCCAUUUAUGGGCCCGAUGGGAGUAAAAACACUGUCGGCUCAAUCUCUUUGGGCCUGCCUCGGCACCAAGAUCCAAACAAGACUGCUUCAUCAAUACAUGAUGGUCGAGGAAAUCCAGCAAAAAUGGGUGACAACCUAGCUUUCAGAGGCUCAAUCACUCAGGGCACACCAGCCCUUUCCCAAUCUACUGUUGCUGCUGACCUGCUGAAAGGCACCAUCACAAAGCUAGCCACAGAGGACUUGAGUAACUGUGACAAGGCAAGGGACCAGCUGGCUAAAGGUCAUGUGAUCUAUGAGGGCAAGAGCGGCCACAUUCUUUCCUAUGAUGCCAUCAAGAACCCAAGGGAAAAUACCCGUAGUCCAAGAACUGGCCAUGAGUUGAAACGCACUUUUGAAAUGAUGGAGGGAACCAUUAGCAGGGGUCACCCUAGCAGGGAAGGAGCUCCUUUUGAAGGGCUGAUUAGCAGAGCCUUGCCCAGAGAAGGCCUCCAUGGAGAUUCUAAAGACAGACAAAUAAUAACUGGCUCUAUCAUGCAAGGAACACCUAGAACGGCUGCAGAAACAUAUGAAGAUGUUGUGAAAUAUGGAAAACAGAUAAAACGAGAGAGCCCACCAAUCCGCUCCUUUGAUGGGGGAAUUGGCAAAGGAAAACCCUAUGAGGGAGUUAACACCAUUAAAGAGACUGGGCGCUCCAUUCAUGAAAUCCCUCGACAGGAGCAGUCUGGCCAGGACCUCAGAAAGACUCCUGACCUAUCAGACAGGAGAAUCAUAGAUGGAUCCAUGUCUCAGAUUCAUUCUCUGAACCAACCUACAAUCAAGCACAAUGUUAAGUCGUUAAUUACUAGUCCCAAUAAGCUUCCCCACUGCUUACCGCAACUUGAGGCCAUGGAACGGAGCAAAUAUGAAGAGAGCAAGGCCGUGCGCCACACUUCGGUGGUUAACUCAACCACCUCUGUCUUGCGCUCAACACACCAAGAAGCUGCUAAAUCUCAACAUAGCCCAGGCAUGUAUGAGGAUGCCAAUGCUCGGAGGACCCCUGUGAACUACAGCUCCAAUUCUGUGACCAGAAGUUCACCCAUGCUAGGACGUUCAUCAGAUGGAACAAAAUCUGCUGCACAUGAACGAAAGAAUGCCAUGACACCCACGCAAAGAGAAUGUGUCCCAGCCAAGUCCCCAGUGUCGGGUGCUGACCCCAGGGCUUCUCACAGCCCCUUUGACCCUCACCACAGACCGGUUGUUCCUGGGGAAGUGUACCGAGCUCACCUGCCUCCACAUCUUGACCCAAGUAUUGCCUUCCACCGAGUGAUUGAUCCUGCCUUCAUGUUCCCCAGACAGCCAUCGCCAACUGGCUACCAUAACACAUACCAGCUAUACACCAUGGAGAACACGCGUCAGACAAUCCUCAACGAUUACAUCACUUCUCAGCAGAUGCAAGUCAUUCCACGGCCUGACAUGGCCCGUGGGGUGUCACCGCGGGAACAGCCUGUUGCUAUGCCAUAUCCAGCUGGAGCUAGAGGGAUAAUUGAUCUAGCCCAGAUGCCUCCAACUAUCCUGUUGCCUCACCCUGGGGGAACAGGUACUCCCAGUUUGGAACGUAUCGCCUACCUCCCUGGAGCUCAGCCCCCUUUCACUACUAGGGCUUUCAACCCAACCUCCAUAUCGCCAGGUCACCAAGCCCACCUUGCUGCUGCGGCUGCUGCAGCUGCAAAUGUAGAGAGGGAGCGAGAACGUGAUCGUGAGCAACAGGAGAAGGAGAGGGAAAAGGAAAGGGAACAGCGAGAACGAGAAAUACGGGACCGGGAAAGAGAGCGAGCAAAUGAUUACAUGCGUGGAAGUGGAGUUGAGCAGCCAGGUCGGCCAGGAAGCCGAGGCUAUCUGCACUCUCCUUCCCCUUCUCUCAGGACGCAGGAAGUGGUUGUUCAACAGCGACCAAGCAUCUUUCAGGGCAAGAGUGUAAUCACUUCUCUAAUGCCCCAUUCAGCAGCAGCAGUAACAGCAGCUGCCCAGAGUAACUCUCGCUACAGUACUGCAGCUGAUGCACUGGCCGCUUUGGUCGAUAUUGCAGCUUCUGCUCCACCUGUUGAUGUGGCCAAAGUAAAGGAGACCAAACGAGAUGAGCGGGAUGACGAAUUAUGUUCAGCAGCUCGGAGACCAGCAAGCCUCUCAGAACAGCAGCAGGACCCAGACCGGCGAUCCGUGCCAUAUGGUUCCAUGUCACUUCCAGGCGGGAAGCCCCACCCAGCGUACCCUGAGGGUGUUGGCAUAAAAGAUAAGGGCCCUCAAACCCCAAAGUCCCGCAUUGAAGAGGAGCUUCGAACCCGUGGAAAAACGACCAUUACAGCAGCUAACUUCAUUGACGUUAUCAUCACCCGAAAAAUUGCCCCAGAAAAAGACUCCCGAGAGCGAGGCUCACAGAGCUCGGACUCCUCGAGUAGCUUGUCAUCAAAUCGAUAUGACAACACUGGGGGAGGAGCCAUUGAAGUGAUAAGUCCUGCGAGUUCUCCAGUCCAUUCCCAACUUGAAAAAAUAGAUGAGCCACAGCAGACAGCAGCUGGAAUGCGAGUCUAUGACAUGAGUCGAUACCGACCUUCAGCAGAGCCACCACAGCCCAGUUCCCAGCAACCCCCCUUAUCCCAGGCCGAUAGUUACUCUCAAAUUCCAAAGACUCACCGGGUCAUGACCUUGGCAGACCACAUUUCGCACAUUAUAACCCAGGAUUUUGCACGCAAUCAAGACCCUCCCACAGUUUCCUCUUCAGCCGCUGCCACAUUCCAGAGCACAAUGCCAUCCGUGUCUUCGUCAGUUCGACCCAAGGUGCCCAGCCGCUACAGCCCUGAGAAUCAAAUCCAGGCUCAACAUCACCACCGUCCCCCCAGCAGGGUUUCCCCGGAAAACGCCACAGACAAACCAAGGUCCAGGCCUGGUAAGUCUCCAGAUAGAGGUGGGAGACAGAUGGAGAGCUAUGAACCCAUCUCGCCGCCACAGAGCUGUCAAGCCAUGGAAAAACAGGAGACUGGUGGGCCUGCACCCCAAAGGCGUGAGGCAGACAACUCUGAGAUCAGGAAUGACUCACGGUCCCCUGGCAGUGUCAGUUAUCUGCCCUCCUUCUUCACCAAACUAGAGAACACUUCACCUAUGGUGAAAUCCAAAAAGCAGGAAAUCUUUCGUAAGUUGAACUCCACCUCUGGUGUUGGUGAUUCUGAUGUUGGAAAUGCUCAACCGGGCACUGAGAUUUUCAACUUGCCUGCUGUUACCAGCUCCAGCAGCAUUAACCCGAGGAACCACUCCUUCAGUGACCCUGCCAGUAACCUGGGCCUAGAGGACAUAAUCCGUAAAGCCUUAAUGGGCAAUUUGGAGGACAGGCCAGAAGAGCACCAAGGUGGCGUCGGUGCCAUUAGCAGCACAUCCAACACAAGCAGUGACACUCGUCAGGAAGCCAACCCGUCACCCAGUAUAGUGAAGCAAAAGCAGGGCAAAGGCAACAGCCGUAAAUCGAAGUCUCCUAACCUGGGUCAGGCCUUCUCGGGAGGGGAUCGUCCUUCCUCAGUGUCCUCCGUACACUCUGAGGGAGACUAUCACAGACAAGCACAAGCCCAAUGGAGUUGGGAUGACCGACCUUCGUCUGCAGGGUCCAUGCAGUUCCCUUACAACCCACUGACCAUGCGCAUAAUGAGCACCACGCCCCCCACCUCCAUAUCUUCCCCCUCCAUACAGAGCCAGCAGCAGCCGCAGCAGGCGCUUCCUGCUGGAGCUCCAGUGGGCCAGCAGCGUGUGUGGCAAUCUCUGCUGUCAGAGCAAUACGAGGCUCUGUCGGACAGCGAUGACUGAGCCUGGCCCGCAAGAAGGGAUGAAAGUAGACCCCAGCUGAGGCGCAUCUCUUCUACCCCCAUCCAAGACACAAAAAGCGUCAAGAAGACGUGGUGGUGUCCAAUUCUUUACUGGUGCAAUGGCGCCCCCUAACCGUCAGUUACGUGUACAAGCAGCUGACAACCGACUGGGCUCUCCAGAUCUAGGCUCACUUUUAGUCCGGAAGCACUCACUUAGUCUCUUGGGGAACUUAAACCUGACUGAGGGGAUGACUUGUGAUAUAGAAGCUGAUAUGUAAAAAGAGACUUUGUUUAAUUUCUGUAAAGAUAUAUAAUUCAUCAAGAAACUCAUUGGAUGUAAAUAGAAUAACUUUUUUGCAGUGUUUUUCAUAACUUGAUUGUUAUUUUAAUGUUGCUUUUAAAUUGAUCCACUCUAAAUGCGAAGUGAAGAUGUGUAAUCUUUCAUGUCACCGAUGGUCUUACACCAUCAGCGCUCAUUUCAACCCGUUUCUUGUUGCCCAUAAGUGGCGGUCCCCCUGCACCACUGUCUGAAGACGGUAGACAUUACAAUACACUGCUCAAAUUUUAAACAGUCUCGAUAUUUGAUUGUUUACCACACUGAAACAAAAUGCUGGUCAUCACACUAAAUUCUAGAUGGGGGGAAUGUCUUCCACAUUGGUGUCAGAACUGAAGGGUAGCGCAUGUGAUGAAUAAGGUGACUAUUUCUGGACCCUGUUUAAAUAGUGAAGUGAGCCAAUGUGUCUGUCCUCCGUCUCCCAAAGUAGAGCCCGACUAUGUCUACGGUUUUCAACACGUCCGGAAUGGUCUGCCCUAAAAUGUCACAAUUUAAAUCUGCAAUUAUCUGUUUUGCUUCCGCUUCCCUGUGCUCCCCCACCCACCUUUUUCUUGUGGGGAGGGAUGGUCUUGUCAAGCCUUGUGACUUGAGAUUUAAAGGCAGCUUUAACAAAUUUUCUCAAUAUUAUUUGUACUUGCUUCCCAAUACCUUUUGAAAAUACUUUUUUUUUUUAAGAAAUCCAAACUGUAGAAUGUCUUAUAAAAUUAAGACCACUUUACCAAACACAAUGGUCUGCACCAUUUUUGCACUUUUGUCUUUCAAAUAUUAAUACCAAAAGGGGUACUUACCGUUCUGCAGAGUGUUUGAGUAAUGGGCAAUAUUCUUUGUUUUUCCUCACCACUUGCAGACCUGUCAUAGUAAGAUCCCUGCUGAAUAGUUCUUGUAGUUUUGAGUUCAUGGUACCGUUAUGGUAAAUAACGAGAAUAAAAGAAACGACCGAC